AUCAGACCUUGUGAACGGAUGAAGAUCGAGUGCUAGUACAUGUAUCGGCAGCGCUUGCUGGGCCAAAAACCUAGAUACUGAUUUCGUGCAGAAGCAGGUGAUCCGUAGUGUGGUAAAUCGACCACUACCACUGUGCCACUGCACUGCCAGCCUCAAACUCAAAGUAACAGUUGCUUACCUGCUCAAGACGCAGAGUGCAGCUUGCUCUCAGCUCACUCAGCCCAGGUCUUUCAGCGUAGAUCGCGAAGCGUCACACUCUGGUGGUGUUUGCGACGGACUCGUCCUGCUGCGUACCCCUACAUACUGUGGCCAGCGUAGGCUGUAGUGCCGUGAUCGUGAGCUCAUAAUUAUCAGCCGCUUUGUUCUUCACUGAGACUUGUUGUCAAGGUUUUCAUCGAGCGAAGCAGGGCGCACGUCGGCAGAUACCCGCUCGGCGCUGGUCCGAUCUACCCGCACCGGUCGCGUUGUCGUGCGACGAGCACAACGGAGCAGCGAAGAGAAUGGCGCAGCGGCCAUUCCUCGACCCGCGCCCACCCGAGGGGGGCACAAAUUCUAGUGGCUACAUGUCAAGUCAAAGUUCCGCGGAAGUGAACAGGUCCAAUGCACUGUUUCCAGGUGCUAAUGCACUGUUUCCAGGUGCUCAGCCUGCAGUGGAACAGGCAUUUGAUGCUUCAGCGCUGCAACAUCAACAGUUGAAGCUCCAGCAGUGGCCAAUGCAACAAUAUCAAGCGCAACAAGAGCAGCAGCAGCAGCCGCCACGACAACUGCAACAGCAGCAGCAACAACAACUGCAACAGCAGCAGCAACACCAACUGCAGCAGCAGCAGCAACACCAACUGCAGCAGCAGCAGCAACAACUGCAACAGCAGCUGCAACAAGAACUGCAACAGCAGCAGCAACAACAACUGCAGCAGCAGCAGCAGCAGCAACAACUGCAACAGCAGCUGCAACAAGAACUGCAACAGCAGCCGCAACAACAACUGCAGCAGCAGCAGCAACAAAUGCAACAGCAGCUGCAACAGCAGCUGCAGCAGCAGCAACAACAACUGCAGCCGGACCAGCAGCAGCAACAACUGCAACAGCAGCUGCAACAAGAACUGCAACAGCAGCAGCAACAACAACUGCAGCAGCAGCAGCAACAACAACUGCAGCCGGACCAGCAGCAGCAACAACUGCAACAGCAGCUGCAACAAGAACUGCAACAGCAGCAGCAGCAACAACUGCAACAGCAGCUGCAACAGCAACUGCAGCAGCAGAAGCAACAACAACUGCAGCCGGAGCAGCAGCAACAACAACUGCAUCAGCAGCAGGAACAGCCGCAUGUACAGCAGUGGCUGCGGCAUCAGCAACCGCAGCAGCGACAAUACCAGCAACCAACGGAGCAAUACCAACAAGCUACCAACCAGCUUGCUGGACUAAACCAGGUUGCAUCUGCACUGCCUGCAUCCAGUACCGGCACUGCUUCUAACGGCUCUGACUUCGCUGGCCAGCAGUACGCCCUGCCAGGCAUUGGCGCUGCAUUUGGGCAGGACGAUGUAAGAACGGCAAUGGAGGAUGGCAUGGAUUCGUCUGACAAGGGCUACUCUUCUGGACCAAUGGCUACUCUUGCCACCAUUGCUGGUGACGUUGAGCUGGAGCCGAUGUCAAUGCAAUCUUCUGGCCCGCAGGGGCUAUUACCAAACAACACCACGCCAACUGGAAUACUUCCACUGGGUGGCUCUGCAUCUUGCAAUAAUGGUGGUGGUGUGAAUGGAGCUCCAUUUCAACCAUAUGCUCAAACCAAUGGCAAUGGUUCAAUGGCUUUCUAUACCACCACCAACACUAGUGAUCUUCGCACCAUCCAUAAUCAGGGUCCACAAACAGUCCAUACUGUGAGCGCGGCUGCAUUCUCUUGCAGUAGCAGUAGCGACAACAUCAACAACAUAAGCAGUGGGAGUGGCGCGUCCGAUGCGGACACUGCCCUGCCUAAUGUGAAUCAAAUUGAUCGGCGUCUGUUGGUCUCCCAAUCCGGUAUUUACCAAGGCGGUGGAUCCAGCUUCAAUGUCGGUACUGUGCCAGUGGCCAACCAUAUGAUUAAACCAGCACAUGCUGUAAUGCCUGGAUCAAACACAAGCAUCUCUAUUCACCCAGUUCCUAACAGUCAGGACAACUUCAGGCCGCCUGAUGAAUUGGACACAGCCUUCAUCAACAGUCAGCCUCCCGGCCGCAACAAUGGUUCGAUGUUGCAUGCUGCCGUCUCGAAGUCACACACUGGCGUGGUAGCUACCACCGAGACAGCUGUUUCACUGCCGAUAAACGAUCGGUCAUCUCUGGCUGGCCAACAACAGCAGCAACAACAACAACAACAGGAACAGUUGCAGCAUCAGGAGCAACAGCAAAAUCAGCAUGAGCAGCUGCGGCAGCAGCAGCAGUGGAAUUCACACGAUGUAGGCCUGCACGAAUGCCCCGUACUAUCCGACAAUGAUAUUGAGGAUUUACUUGGACGUAUGACACCGGAUUCCGGAGAGGCAAGGCACAUGGCUAGUUCAGGACAAUGUGGGCCUCACAUCACGACUCUGCCAUUGCCGGCAGGUAAUGACGAUGGAAUUGACCCCUUCCCGGCGAUGGAAUUCAACCUUGCAGAAGUGCCUCACAGUGCCCCCACUGCGGCUGCAUCUGUUGCUGCUGCUGCUUGUGCAGUCAGUACCCCACACGGACAUAGUGUGGAGGAAGUCCAAGAAGCUGAUGACGUGGCCGCGAGCAAAGCUACACCGUCCACUCAGUCGGAUAACAACUUCAGUGAAAUGAUGGCCAGACUUGUACAAGUCCUGAAGAAAAAUGAGGAGUUGGAAAAAGAAGUCAAGUUGAAUAAGGAAGAGGCGACAGCUCGUCUUGCUGAAGAGAAGAAAAAGAAUGAUCGCCUUGCUGAACGCAAUCGACUUCUUUCUGAACAGAAGCGUCUGGCAGAGCGAACUACGUACAACCUUCAACAAGCUGUGAAUCGGAGCAAGGCCAAGCCAGGUGUGCUUGAUGCCACCAGGUCAAAAUCAAGGCCAAGACGCGCACGUUCGUCGUCAAGACCGAUCGUUGAGCCAACUGAAAGAGAGGAGUCCAAGAAGAAGCUGAAUGAACUGUUACUCCAUGGAAUGGGACACCCAAAUCAGAGACCACUGCUGUCAGUGCCUGUCUCGACCACCACACAAGCAGAGGCAAUGAGUGCCGAAGCUACUCAAACCUCGGCUGGAGUCAGGAGUUUCAUUGGAAGAAUCAUCAAGCCUGAAGAAAUUGAGCAUGUUACCCUCACGCCAGGCAAAGAAAGAUUCAAUCGACAAUUCCAUGUGGAGGCACACUUCAACGGGUUUAUCCCAGACUGUGCGUCGCAAGGUCAUACCCUUUACUUUCAACUGACGUCCACAAGGCGCACUGUGAGGAGUCAAGCAGCUGAGUUUUCCAGGCACACUCACAUUCUCACAGCACUAGUGCCAAGCAUACCAAAGGAUGGCAUUGGCUGUAAUGAGGAAGUGUUUGAAGUCACGCUGGUUUGCCAAAUGGGUCGCAAAUCAUGUCCGGCCAUUGGCCAAAUCACGCUCACUGCGUUGGAACAACAGGCAGGCCCUGGGUCGAAAAGCUCAGUUCCCACGCGAGAUCCGAACACUGCAACCAGUGGAUCAGGAACACGUGGAAGUAGUGCACCAGCAGGAGCAAGCAACGCAUCAUCCUGCUACAGAGCCCUGCCUGGUGGAAUGCAGGCUGGAAUAUCUCACUGCAGCAUGGCCAUUGCUACAGGAGCUGAUAUCAAUGUGAGCAACCAUGGCGGUGCUGACAGUAACGAUGGGAGCAGCUCAUCAGAUUGUGAUCCAACAUGCCAUCAGUGUGUUGCCACGGUUCCCUUUAUGAUGUCCGUCCAAGGUGGGAUAACAAGUUCAUCAUCUUCGACUGAAACUGACCUUGAUGACAACGUGUGCAGAGUAACAGGUGGAGACGCAGUCAGCCAAACGUGCGGCGUGCAAGCUUCGGCAAAGGAGCUAACGCAGCACUGCAUUCCAGACAACUACAAAGUGCUUGGCACGGUUGAGCAGAUCACACACCUCUUCCAAGCACUGAUCAAUGAGGAAGAUUGCACAGUUGCGGUCAGCCAAAAGGAUGAUGCAAAGGAGUCAACCUUGCAGAACGCAAGCCGACUGGAGGAUUCUACCCAAUCCACUUCCUCCACUGCAAGCCAGUCCAUUCUGGAUUCGUGUUCUCAAUCCCUCUGCACUACAAGCAAUUUGGAGUACUGUUGCCUGCCGGUUUCUAGAAUGAAAUCAUCCCUGGAUGAUAUCGCCUCCAACCAGGACCACUCAGAGCAGCCGGACAAUGAGAAUAGGCGACGUGCAGGUGAAGGCAGCUCUGCAGCUAGCUACAACCCAUUUCAGCCUAGUGACCAAGGCCCAGGAUACCCCAUCAUAGUCGUGCUUUCCAGUGGCUUGUCCGGAGAGGCAAGGCACAUGGCUAGUUCAGGACAAUGUGGGCCUCACAUCACGACUCUGGCAUUGCCGGCAGGUAAUGACGAUGGAAUUGACCCCUUCCCGGCGAUGGAAUUCAACCUUGCAGAAGUGCCUCACAGUGCCCCCAUGGCGGCUGCAUCUGUUGCUGAAGCUGCUUGUGCAGUCAGUACCCCACACGGACAUAGUGUGGAGGAAGUCGAAGAAGCUGAUGACAUGGCCACUAGCAAAGCUACACUGUCCACUCAGUCGGAUGACAAUGUCACUGAAAUGACGGCCAGACUUCUACAAGUCCUGAAAGAGAAUGACGAGUUGCGAAAAGCACUGAAGUUGAGGGAGGACGAGGCAGAGCAGAAUCGUGUUGCGGCCCUGGAGACAACUCGUCUUGCUGAGGAGAAUGCCCGCCUUGCUGAACACAAUAGACGUCUUGCUGAACAGAAGCAUGUGGCAGAGCAAGCUAGGCAUGACCUCCAACAAGCUGUGAAUCGGAACAAGGCCAAGCCAGGGCUGCUUGAUGCCACCAGGUCAAAAUCAAGGCCAAGACGCGCACGUUCGUCAUCAAGACCGAGCGUUGAGCCAACCGAAAGAGAGGAGUCCAAGAAGAAGCUGAAUGAACUGUUACUCCAUGGAAUGGGACACCCAAAUCAGAGACCACUGCUGUCAGCGCCUGUCCCGGCCACCACACAAGCAGAGGCAAUGAGUGCCGAAGCUACUCAAACCUCGGCUGGAGUCAGGAGUUUCAUUGGUAGAAUCAUCAAGCCUGAAGAAAUUGAGCAUGUUACCCUCACGCCAGGCAAAGAAAGAUUCAAUCGACAAUUCCAUGUGGAGGCACACUUCGACGGGUUUAUCCCAGACUGUGCGUCGCAAGGUCAUACCCUUUACUUUCAACUGACGUCCACAAGGCGCACUGUGAGGAGUCAAGCAGCUGAGUUUUCCAGGCACGCUCACAUUCUCACAGCACUAGUGCCAAGCAUACCAAAAGAUGGCAUUGGCUGUAAUGAGGAAGUGUUUGAAGUCACGCUGGUUUGCCAAAUGGGUCGCAAAUCAUGCCCGGCCAUUGGCCACAUCACGCUCAAUGCGGAGGAGCAGCAGGCAGGCCCUGGGUCAAAAAGCUCAGUUCCCGCACGAGAUCCGAACACUGCGACCAGUGGAUCAGGCACACGUGGGAGUGGUGCGUCAGCAGGGGCAAGCAACGCAUCAUCCUGCGUCAGCGCUCUGCCUGGUGGAAUGCAUGCUGGAAUAUCUCAGUGCAACAUGGCCAUUGCUACAGGAGCUGAUAUCAUUGUGAGCAACCAUGGCGGUGCUGACAAUAACGAUGGAAGCAGCUCGUCAGAUUGUGAUCCAACAUGCCAUCAGUGUGUUGCCACGGUUCCCUUUAUGAUGUCCGCCCAAGGUGGGAUAACAAGUUCAUCAUCUUCGGCUGAAACUGACUCCGAUGACAAUGUGUGCAGAGUAACAGGUGGAGACGCUGUCAGCCAACCUUGCGGCGUGCAAGCUUCGGCAAAGGUUCCCGUCGUGAUCCCGGUCCAUGGUGGGAUAACAAGUUCAUCAUCUUCGGCUGAAACUGACUCCGAUGACAAUAUUUGCAGAGUACCAGAUGGAGACGCAGCCAGAAAACCCUGUGGCGUGCAAGCUUCGGGAAAGGAACCAGAUACUCCCAUGUCCGCAGUCGAGUACUUCCGCGUUAAGUUCAAGGAUACACUGCUGGCCAAUCUCAUCUUAGGUGAAAAGUUCGAAGCAGAAGGUUGGAAACUGGUGAAAAGAAUGGUAGCCAUUGCGGUCGACCUGGAGCAAGAUCUCCAUGAUCUACACCAGAAAGCCGAGGUGCAACUUGUGGUGCUGGAACCAACCUGGCUGAUGAGUGACAUCACCAGCAAACUUUACACACCCACCUAUCAACGAUCAUCGUUCAUCACUUGUAAUGAGUUUGGCUUUGCGAAGCGCAGCAAUGUCGAGCAGGUUCUGGGCAACUGUACCAACUCUCCGGUAAAGUUAACCGGGGAUCAGGUGCUUGAGAUUGCGCAGCAGCUGGGAAUGUGUCAUCUAACGGAUCACGGCAAUGAGGUGAUGAUACUGCCAGCCCAGGCAGAGAGCCGCACAGCUGCCCACUGGCCAGUUGCCGUGAUGGCAUUUCUUGCUAGCGACCACAUCCGUGCCACGCAUCUCUUUCCUCCUGCUGCGAAGGAUGUUGGUGCUGAUCAACGUCGCAAAGACCCACGCUUGACACACGAGUAUGCUGACUCAGCUGAUUGCCAGAAUGCCAGUACGAUUGAAGAACGUCGUCGAGCCUCUCGUCUUUGCUUUGCUCUCUAUCAGCACUGUAUCUUGCUUACCCAAGCCUUCCCUCUGGUAGAGUGCUCGCUGAGGCUGAACCAGAGAGGACAGUUGGGGGAAGCCUUCAAGGAUGAUGUCAUGAAUGAACAUCGCACGAGUGAUGCAGCCGACAUGUUCCGCCAGGGCAUUUGCGACCUACCUGACAGUGUGGUGCUGAGCCUGGUGGACGAUGUGCUACCAGAACUACCGGCUGCAAACACUGUCUACAGGGCGGUGAAACACUGUCCUCGGUACUCACAGUGCAAAAUACCUCCUCAUCAUACUCAUGCGGCCGAUGUUGGGGUGAGUUCUGGCAUGCAGUGUUCGGCGUCAUCUGGCAAUCCGUUUGACCUGGAGAGGUUUGUGUGUGACAUUCAACCAUGGUUGAACAAAGUUGACGCAGAUCUACUGCGACGGAUGGUGGUCAAGAAACAUCUCAUAACUGACAGCACAUCAAUAGAGAGACUAAAGAGAAUUCGGUCCCUGGAUGGAGUAUCUGAUCAUAAUGAGGAGCUCAUCGAGUUGCUCAGAGCUGGUGGCCUAAAGACUUAUCGUGAUCUCGGUGUUGUCAUUGAGGAACUUGGGUAUGUGGACAAGAGCAAGGAAAUGCUCUCCAUUUUGUCCCACACAGAUGCGUUCCUGGACAAUCCGUUCAACCACCCGUCCUUCAUGCCAGACAUUCACGUGUGGCUGCAGAGCAUCCCCGCGGAUGACAUCCGUGAAG